CAUCUAUCCAAUAAUUUUAGAGAAAAAAAUGAAAAAAACACUAGAUCAUAAGAAAUGGAGUUUGUGACUUUCGUAACUAUAUUUUUUUGGCUAGUUCGGUAUAAGCUAUUUUGUAGUGCUCGAAAUUUUAGUUUUAAAUAAUGAUGCUUUUCCUAUCCUAAUAGGCACCCAAAAGUAUGUCAUUAUCUUUUUUAUGUAAACCAAUAUGCGAAUGGUUGGAGUGUUAUUCAUGGUCAAAAUGGUUGUUUUUCUCCUCAAUAGUUUACUCGGAUACUGAGUUGCCAAUAUCAAUGUAUCACGGUGCAGAAAAUAUUUUAUAUGCUAAACUUUCUAUUUCUUUAAGUCAUAGCCAAAAUAUCAUGAAUAAAUAGUACCAUGUUGAGAGUUUUUUUCUCACCAUAGAUAUACAGUUCAUAAUAAAUUUUGAGAUUUAUAUAUAUAAUACUCCCAAACACAACAGCAAGCACCAUUGUGAAUAUCUCAAUGUAUAACUUUUUUUUGGGUUACAAUGUAUAAAUUUUUUAUAUGCAACAAUGCAAGAAUGAAAACUCACGUAUGUUUCAAAUCUUGCAAUGGAUAGCUCUUGUAUGCAGAUGUGCAAUCUCCUCCAUGCGUUAAUUAUUUUUAACUUUUAUUUAUUUAUUUCUAAUUAUAUAUUAACAAACGUUUUCUUCUAUUUUGAGUUACACACAUGCAAACACUAUAUGUCAAAUUUCAUAUCAUGCAACUCAGAGCUCUUGGUCAUUGAUGACUUGCUGUCUGCUCUGGUGGGCAUUGAGGGGCGACACAUUUCAAUAAAAAGAGUGCGAGGGAAGGAAGGCCAUGUAAUAUUUCAGAUCGAUCCAUCUAUGGACCUGGCACUGCAGGAAUUGACACAGCGGAUUUUCCCUUUAUGCGAGGACUUUGUGUUGAUCUGUCAGUUUGUUGAGUCCAAGUCCCAUUUCAAGAAUGGCCUGGUUAACCAUGCAUUUGCUGCUGCACUGAGAGCCCUCCUUCUGGAUUACCAAGCAAUGGUUGCACAACUUGAACAUCAAUUCCGCCUCGGAAGACUUUCUGUUCAAGGAUUGUGGUUUUAUUGUCAGCCAAUGAUGGGAUCACUGCAUGCUUUGUCCAUUGUGGUUGAGAAGGCUUCUUCUAACAACUUCUCAGGCUCUGCAAUGCUUAACCUCUUGCAAAGCCAGGCCAAGGCUAUGGCAGGUGACAAUGCAGUUCGGUCAUUGCUUGAGAAGAUGACACAGUGUGCAAGUUCUGCAUACCUGGGCAUACUAGAGAGGUGGGUAUAUGAGGGAGUAAUUGAUGAUCCUUAUGGUGAAUUUUUCAUUGCUGAAAACAAAUCACUUCUGAAGGAGAGCCUUACCCAGGACUAUAAUGCCAAGUAUUGGCAACAGCGAUAUAGCCUCAAAGAGGGCAUUCCUAGUUUCCUUACAAGUGUUGCAGGGACAAUUUUGACAACUGGGAAAUAUUUAAAUGUCAUGAGAGAAUGUGGGCAUAAUGUUCAGGUCCCCUUAUCAGAAAACUCAAAAUUAACAAGCUUUGGAUCAAAUCAUCAUUAUCUUGAAUGUAUCAAAGCUGCAUACGACUUUGCAAGUAGUGAGCUCUUGAAUCUCAUCAAAGAUAAGUAUGACCUCAUUGGAAAAUUGCGGUCGCUGAAGCGCUACUUACUUCUGGACCAGGGUGAUUUUUUGGUUCAUUUUAUGGACAUUGCUCGAGAUGAGCUUGCUAAAAGGCUAGAGGACAUUUCCGUUGAGAAGCUGCAGUCUCUGCUUGACCUUGCUUUGCGCAGCACUGCUGCUGCUUCAGAUCCAUGUCAUGAGAACUUGACAUGUUGUGUGGAAAGAACCUCAUUGCUCAAGAGGCUGACUGCACUUAAAGAUUUGGAAUGUGCUUAUCCUCCACAUUUAAACAAACCGAUUCCUGAUAGUGAUGACCAGCCUGAGCCAUUGAGCAUCACGGGCUUGGAAACAUUCUGCCUAAAUUACAAGGUUCAAUGGCCAUUAUCACUUGUUAUCUCAAGAAAAGCUUUAACAAAGUAUCAGUUGAUUUUUCGGUUCCUUUUCCACUGCAGACAUGUUAACCGCCAACUUUGUGUGGCAUGGCAAGUGCAUCAAGGAUUUCGUGCUUUCAACACACUAGGAACACCCAUCUUGCGAUCUUCUAUUCUUUGUCGCAGUAUGCUUAAAUUUAUAAAUAGCCUUUUACAUUAUCUAACAUUCGAGGUUCUAGAACCAAAUUGGCAUCUGAUGCAUGAUAGACUUAGGACUGCAAAGAGCAUAGAUGAGGUCAUCCAGUUUCAUGACUUCUUCCUCCAGAAAUGUCUGAAAGAAUGCUUGCUUCUUUUGCCUCAGCUUCUUAAGAAGGUGGAGAAGCUGAAAUCAAUAUGCCUUCGCUAUGCAGCUGCUAUUCAAUUGUUGAUACCAUCAAUCUAUGUACCUGAGCCGGAUGCUGCUGUUGGCUCGUUGGGAUUGGAUAGAUCUAAACCAAGGAGAUCUCAGAGUAGAAAUCAGCAAUUGAACCUUGCAGCAGAAAGCUCCAAAAUCUGUGAUUCUAUCAUGAAAUUUGAGAAGGAAUUCAAUGCUGAGCUUCAGAGUCUUGUGCCCAUCUUGAGCAACAGUUCACAAGCAGAGCCCUAUCUGACCCAUCUUGCCCAGUGCAUUCUUGGGGUAGGGAGCGAACAGUGAGUUACUUGAUGAUUACUGCACUACUUUGGUACCGGAAAGGUCACUCUCUUCCUCACGUGAAACUGUGAAUAGUGAUUUUUGUGUUGCAAAGGCAAAUGCAAAUAUCCAAAGUACAUUGUUAAGCCAACUACGCUAAAUGUGUUCUCUUAGGUUUGUUUUAUGCCUGUGCGGUAGCAGUUCUUUAUUGCUCGAGUAGAAGAGCCAAAAUUUGUAUCCUUGUACUGGUACUAAUAUACAUGGAUUUAUUAAGCGAGUUUUGCU